CCCCAUGACCAGCACUCAUCGAGUAAAUCAGAGAAGAUGGAUUUGGACUUCCCAGUCUCCUUCUCCGUCUCCGACGACGAGGACGCCGGCGCCGCGGCGACUCCUCCCGGCCGCGCAAUCUGCCACACCGGCUGCGGCCGCCCGUCCCGCGUGUGCCUCUGCCCGCACCUCCCCCCCUCCCCGCUCCACACCUCCACCACCGUCGUCGUCCUCCACCACCCGCACGCCCUCCGCCGCAACCCGCUCUCCACCCUGCCCCUCCUCGCCCGCUGCCUCGCCAACCUCCACCUCCUCCCUGGCCGCCGCCUCCGCCUCUCCUCCACCCCGCUCCUCCCGCCGCCCUCCCCAAACCCCGUCCUCCUCCUCUUCCCCUCCCCCGCCGCCACCGACCUCGCCUCCUGGUGCCGCUCCACGCCCCCCUCCGCACGCGCCAACACCACCCUCCUCCUCAUCGACGGCACCUGGAACCAGGCCAGGGAGAUGCACGCCGCCAGCCUCCCGUUCCUCUCCUCCUUCGCUGUCCCUGUCUCCCUCCCCGUCGACAGCGGCGUCGAUGGGGACAGCAUGUUCGAGUCGGAGCUCGUGGUGAGGAAAGAGCCGCAUAAGGGGUGCAUGAGCACGAUGGAGGCUGUCGCGAGGGCGCUGCGGCUGCUCGAGCCGGAGGGAAACGGCGCGGGUGUUGAGGAGACGAUGGUGAGCGUGCUCAGGGCGAUGGUCGCCUUCCAGGCCGAGCAUUUGCAGAACCGUACGGUGAAGCCGAGAGUGAAGAUGAGGAAGAAGAAGGAUAUCAAGUGGGAGGAAGAGAUGAAGAGAAAUGCAGGAUUGGUGUGACUGAACUUCUGUCGAUUUGCGUUGCUCAUUGACUAACCUGUUGCUGUGUGAAAUUUCUCACCUGGGAGGGUAUCACCAGUUACCACUUACCAAGAUCUGCAGCGAGAUGAUUGCAGAGAAACCGGCAGCUUGUGCAACGAAGCUAGGAAGCACUCUUGAAGUCUGCAAAGGUGAAAGAUGGAGGCAUUUUUGCUAGGAGUCAAAUAUUUGAUUUGUGUUGUGCAAAUGAGCGGCUGAAAGCUGGCAGAAGUAGCGUUAUUAGAGCGUGGCUUCCAGCCUUAAUCUGCUGUUCGCUUGAGAGUCUCUGGAUCUGUAAGCAGUACCCUUCCUUCUGUUGUUAGCCUGUUAGAUUGUGCUUGCGCCUGCUCACUGAAACCUGUUAUUUUGUCCAUUGUUUGACUUGGAAUCAGCCAUGAUGGCUCAUCAAGAUUCACACAUGGAGGGGUCUGAUUUUGUAGACGAA